ACUCCUUCAACCAUUCACAGUGCUGGCCGACAAGCCAUGUAAGACAGUCACACUGCAACAAAGAAUAUUAAACGCAAGCACGGCGUUUUCAGUUCUUCUUGUAUUUUUAAGUAUUUAGCAGAUAAGUGAAACAGUGCAACUACUACAUCAACAACAACAACGAGAAGAGAGGAAGGCCUGGCUUAAUUAAAUGCAGACCGGUGAAAAAUUACAGCAAAGUGUUAAAUAACAUAUGUUGCUAGCGCGAUUUACUUCAAAUUGCUGUGCAAUUUUAAAAUCACGGAUAGGCAGGCGACUAAACACGAGUUUUGGCCAGCGGAGUCGCUGCGGCAGAGGGAGGGGGUGUAAACAAACCAACAUUUGUACAGUCGCACACACACUCACACGUACACAUAGAUGCAAUGGAGGCGCAAACAGUUUAUAUAAAAGUUUGGCGACUGUCGCUGAAGUCGACCUCAAUGAUGUCCAAACGUCGCGUCCAAGAAUUGAAUGCAGGACUUGGAGAGCUACGUCAACUGCUGUCAUGUGUCGUUUGCCGCGAGCUGCUGAAGGACCCUUACGAGCCGGCGAGACGACGAUGCGGUCACCAUGUGUGCCGGCUGUGCCUGCGCGGCCGCAAGCGUCUGAAGCCCAGCUGUACGCAAUGCGGUGACUGCUCCGACUUUAAGACGUACAAGGAGAACAAAUCAAUGGCAUGGCAGGUGCUCUGUUACCGGACGCUCUGUCGGCAUCUGCAGAAUUCGCUGCUAUAUUCACAACUCUACGGUCACCGGCUGUGCAAUGAUAGCAACUACAAUGCCGGAUCGACACCGCGUAUUGAAUUGCCGGACGAAUCAACGCAGUGGUUUAUUCAGGAGGGCGCCAAUUAUAUAGAUAUGUGCGACACAUUCUUACCACAGCCAGAUACGCUGUCCCUGCCCUCAUAUAUUUCAUCACUUCCAGCGGAAACGCCGCCCACAACAGCAGCAACAACACCUGAACUGCCAUACGAACAGCAUAUGCCCGAGCAGCUCUCGAUUACCGACAUUGAACUGGAAGGAGCUGCUACCGGCGACCAGGCGCACUUUGCUCAUCCCUUGCCCCUGAUGCCCUCCAGUGCCCGCAUGCUAAGUCACACUCAUAUUGCUCCACAGCCGCAAAUGAUCCUGCCAGCUGCACAGCCCAUUAUUACGGCUGGUUAUCCCAGCUGGACUGAUCAAGUUGAUUUAUCUGGAGCAUUCCCGAUGCCCGCGACCAACUACACCACUUACGUGAUGCACAGCGGCGAGCCUACAAUUGGUCAGGUGGUACAAAUAUCGCCGGAGUUGCCACAGACACCGUUGGAACCAGUAACUGCAAGUACUUCCACUGCAGCCAGCUUUAAACGUCGACAUGCCGACUUGCUGGCCGAUGAUGUGGAGCAGACGAGCAGUUUUGUUGUUCCAGCUCCAACGCGCAUGAGUCUACGCAACCAAAAGGCUACAAUUAUAUCAUCGGUGCAGGUUAAGCCGCCCAGUGUUCCUACUGCUGUAGCAGCGUCUAUAGCUGUACCAGCUCCAAUAGCUAUGCCAGCCCCUGUAGCUGUAGCAGCUUCUAAAGCUAAGGCAACUCCUGUAACUGUGGCAGCUUCUAAAGCUAAGCCAACUCCUGUACCUGUUGCAGCCGCCAAAGCCGCAGCGAUUCCAAAAACCCCAACAACUCUUAAAACCGUGACAGCCUCCAAAGCCGCAGCGACUCCCAAACCCACAGCACCUCUUAAGGCCACAGCGACUCCCAAGCCCGUAACAGCUCCAAAACUCACAGGCACUCCGAAAGUCGCAACAACUGUCAAACCCGUGGCAACUCCUGUAGUUGCCAUAGAACCGACCGUAGUUUCCACAGCUGCAGUAGCUGUCAAAACCACGUCCGCUAGAGCCGUGAAGACGGCGCCAGUGCGCAGCGCCGUCCAGAAAGCCAAACCGAUGGAAAAACGCUCCUGCCGAUGCGGUACCUCAUCAGCUCCGGGUCUCAUGACAUGUCGCAAUGGCCGAUGCGCCUGUUACUCGAUGGGAUACAAGUGUGUGGACUGCAAGUGCAAUGGCUGCAAGAAUCCCCAUACGUAUUCUGGCGGCGAAACUAGCGACGAAGAAGAUGAGCAAAUGGAAACUGACGUAAUUGCAGACACAGAGGAGACAACAACAACAGCAGCAGCAUUAGAUGCGACGGUAGAGUCAGUGACUCCAUCUGGAGCGGUACAGCCGGGCUACACGCUGGUGCCGCUUGAAAAUCUACAACAAUCGCAGCAUCCGUUGGUUCUUAUUCAAAAUGAACGUGGCGAAUUCCAGGGCUUCAACCUAUUCAACGGCACAGAGCCAGUACACCCGGCUCAAGUUGGCUAUCAGCGCAUACCAUUGCAAAGUAAUGAUGGCAAUAGCUCCAUACCCGAAUUCGCGUAUGUUCUACCCACAACAACUGUGCAGACGGCACCGCCACCACAGCCAGCAUCACCGCUGCCGCCACCGCCAAUUGAACAGCCAUUUAAGAAAUUUAAGAGAGCUACCAACAUGGAGAAGAACUGUACUUUGCCAAGUUAUUCACGCAUCGAGUCGGUGGAUGAGUUACUCGGUGGCAACUCCAAAAGUAAAGCUUCCUCGGGCGAUGCUUUGGCCACUGACAAGGCGCAUUUGUUGUUUGAGGAUAUUAUGUCUGGCUCGGAUGAUUUGUAAGCGACUAACUGGAUGUCCUGUCCUUGUCUUGUUUCUAAAUAGUUGCCAUGUUUAGUUGCUCUGUAGAUUGUUUCGUAUCCGUAGGUAGAACUUUUUUUGUAUUCCUGCCCUGUACCUGAGUUCCAUAUUUAUCCCUCUACUAAACCGUUUGUCCUCCGUUUACCUGCACACAGUAUGCAAAAUGUUUUCGGUACAGGGCAGUUUCCAGUCGGACAAUUCCGACUUUAACACUUACCCAUCUUACACAUUGACAUUGUAUUUUUCAGAUUAUUUCAUUGCAAAACCAUAACUACAUAUGAUCUUUGCUUUCAAAAUUGGUGCAACCAACUCAAUUACUAUUAACAGUCAAAUCUUAAAAAAGGAACAUUUUUCAGAAACAUUAUACAUCAAGAGUUCUCAAAUACUAUAUAUAGUUAUAUCGACCGCUUUGCUCGAAAUUAUCGUAUUUUAUGGGCCCGAGCCCAUGUCUAGUCCUGUUUACCGAUUGAUCCAUGGAUCUUCCUAUUCUUUUUAAACCUGUUCCUUCCCGGACUACUUGGAAGUAACUGAAAUAACAUGGAGCAUAAAAGGAAUCGAUAUGUAUGUGAAUAAUUUCUGGAAAAUCAUAAUUAAUUAUGAUGCAUCUUCUAACUGUUAAGUGAUAAUAACGUACAUUCAAAAUUGUACAGCAAAAAUCAAGCACCGCAGGUUAUUUGCUUAAUCUAACUAACUUUAG